GGGGCAGCGAGCAGGGACGCGCCGCUGGGGAAGGCGGCGGAGGGAGGCCCCGGGAAGAGGAGGAAGCCGAGCAAAGGACAUGUAUACCUCUGAGAAACCUUCUCCAACAAGAUACCUUGCUUCAAGACCUGUCUUGGAUUAUAUACAAACAAGUUUCCAGUCAUGAGUGCAGAUGCUGAGCAGGAUGCUGCUAUCAAACUUGCCCAGGAACGAGCAGAGAUAGUUGCCAAGUAUGACAGAGGACGUGAGGGUGCUCAGAUUGAACCGUGGGAAGAUGCUGACUACCGUCUUUACAAAGUCACAGAUAGAUUUGGGUUUUUACAUCCAGAAGAGCUUCCAGUCCAUGAUGUGAUGAUAGAAAAGCAAAAGCACCUUGAAAUUGAAAGAACUACAAAAUGGCUUAAGAUGCUGAAAAGCUGGGAAAAAUACAAGAAUAGUGAAAAGUUUCAUAGGAGAAUUUAUAAAGGCAUCCCACGGCAGUUCAGAGGGCAAGUCUGGUCUUUGUUGCUUGAUGUUCCUAAGAUGAAAGAAGAAAUGAAAGACUUUUAUAAUAAAUUGAAGUGUCAGGCACGAGGGUCUUCACCAGAUAUUCGGCAAAUUGACCUUGAUGUGAACCGGACGUACAGAGACCACAUCAUGUUUCGGGACAGAUACGGUGUAAAGCAACAAUCUUUGUUCCAUGUUUUAGCUGCAUAUUCCAUAUAUAAUACGGAAGUUGGAUACUGCCAGGGUAUGAGCCAGAUCACAGCUUUGCUCCUGAUGUUCAUGAAUGAGGAAGAUGCCUUCUGGGCCUUGGUGAAACUUCUCUCUGGUCCAAAGCAUGCUAUGCACGGUUUUUUUAUACCUGGUUUUCCAAAACUGUUGAGGUUUCAGGAACAUCAUGACAAAAUACUGAAGAAAUUUUUGUCCAAACUUAAGCAGCAUUUGGACUCCCAGGAUAUGCCCACCAGCUUUUACACAACCAAGUGGUUUUUCCAGUGUUUUCUUGAUCGUACUCCCUUUACAUUAAGCCUCAGGAUAUGGGAUAUCUACAUACUUGAAGGAGAGCGGAUUCUCACUGCAAUGUCUUACACAAUUCUGAAACUGCACAGAAAACAUCUGAUGAAAUUACAAAUGGAAGAGCUUGUAGAAUUUCUGCAGGAGUCUUUAGCGAAGGAUUUCUUCUAUGAAGAUGACUUUGUAAUAGAGCAGCUCCAAAAUUCUAUAUCAGAAUUGAAACGAGCAAAGCUGGAUUUACCAGUAGCUGGUAAAGAAGAUGAAUUUCCAAAGAAGCCAUUGGGGCAGAUUCCAUUAGGACCUCUGCCUUCUGUGCUUAAUUCCAGUCCAGUGCUUAAUGGACAGAACAGUACUGGUACUCAAGCAGCAAGGACAGAGAGAAGACCAUCCACAGAAGAAGAACCAGAAAGUUCAGCAAAUGACCGAAAAAUAAUUAAUUCUGUGGAAAAGAAACCUUCCCUAAAACAGCAAAAGAUUCGACCAAUAGGGACACAAAACAGUUUGCCUAAGAAUGAGGUAGAUACCAGAAAAAAGCCUCAGCCAACAGAGCAAGACAACUCGAGUCUAUACAAUAAUGCAGCUGCUAAUCAAAAUUCUAAUGCCACUUCCAAUACAAGACGGGAAUUUGUACCUAAGUGGAAUAAACCGUCUGAUACCAAAAUAAUGGAAAAGACAAUGAAACUCACUGCAGAGGUGAAAGGGAGGCCAGUAAACCAUUCUGUUUUGGGCCCACCACCAGGUCCUGGAGAAAUGCAGCCUUUGAAUGUAAAGCAAAAAGUAAGGGUUUUGGAUGCUGAUGAAGGUAAGCGAGGGUCUAAUGCAUCUCAGUAUGACAAUGUUUCAGAGGAUGAAACUGAGAAUGAGAAUCUUGUUGAAGAUAUGCUUGAGAGAGCUCACCCAGAAAGUCCUAGGCAUGUAGCAUUUUCUAACAGCCCAAGAAAGCAAAUGGAAAAGAUACCACCUCCAUUAAAAAUACCCAAUAAUUACACCUUCACUUCACAGCCCAGAUCUCCAAAAUAUGCAUUUCAGUCUGAUGGUCCAUCUGAUGGACUGAAUGUAAAACAGCCACUGCCAGGUUAUAGUAAUCCCCCUACUUACUAUGGGAAUGUUCCAAAGCAUGUUUCCAGUAUAGGCAAUGCAAGCUCUGCACCUCUGCAUUACCAUGGGAAUCGACCCAGCCCCUCUGGAAGACCGUACGCUCCUUUCAUGUCAGUAGAUUAUUCUCCAAAUAAACUGCAAAUUAAUUCCUAUUCUGCCAGUCGCCAAAAUCCUCUUUCACCAGCCCCUGCUCAGACAGAAGUCACUCCUGUUGAUGCUUACACCAGCAACUCAAGGCCCUCCCCAGGUGUCAAGUUCAUAAUCCCUCCAGUAGAUUAUUUACCAGAGGAGAGAAAGUGGCCGGAUGCCGCCUACGUCUACAGACAUGAACCCUACAGGCAACCCUGGAGCCAAGACCUUAACAAAGGCCACUUGGAUAAUUUCCAGAAAUACCAGCAUUUUCAGUCAACACCUUUACAAGACCGCAGUCUUCCUGCUGUUUCUGUGGAUAGUCCAGUGAGAUACAGGACUUCCCCAACCUUUGAAGAGAAUGGUUCCGCACAGUACCAGUAUCCAAACCCAUCAGCUCAAGCCCAGCACUAUCGGAACAGAACUGAUGGAUUGUCUAUGCAUGAAUCUGUGCUUCUCUGAGAAUCUGGCUAUGCUUAGUAAAAUGGCAGCAACCAAAACCAGCUGAACAGUACUGCGUCAGUAGUAGUCCACCUCAGUUCUCUGAAAUGUGAAUGGUUCAUGUGAGUUCAAAAGUGACGACACUAUUUCAGAGAUGUUUCAGACUCUGGCUGAAAGCUGGUGGAGUUCUUGGACUUGCAUGGAAGCUACUGGAAGUGAUCUAAUGCACAUAGACAUAGCAAUAAGCUCAUACACACCAUGUGGUUCAUGCUGUUAUUGCUCCUUACAUAUUUGAAUAACUUGUGUUACAAUCCUGCUUAAGACCUGUAACACACUGAAAAGUUUUAUUUUGACUGACAUUGUUAAUGCACUGUACAGAUGUGUAUGUGUGUCUGUGUGACUGUGCACUUACAGUACACAAACUCAUACGGAAAAGAGCUAAAGAGUUUAAAUGCAUUUAACUUCGGGCAAAGCUUGUGAAGUACUUUUUUUUCAUAUUAAUUUUUCUUUGUAAUUUAUUUGGGAAGCCAUUCAUUUUGAAUGGGAAUUUCUGUCAUUUUUAUACAGCUGCCUCAGCAUCCCAGUAUCUGUUCUGGGCAGGAGAGAUGCUUUGGGAUCAUUAAUUUAAUCAUAUGUGAGAGUUAAUUUCCUCUCCUUUGACUACUGUUUGUCAUUUUCCUCAGCAGGAAGGAGCAGGCAGGCAAAAGCAGAAAGCCAAAAAUGUCUCUCUAAUCUGGCUAAGAAAUGGUGCUUAAAUUCAGGGCAGUGUUUAGGGGUUUUGUAAGUGCAUUGAAAGGGGAGAAUUUGUACCUUCUCACCCAAAUCUACCUUUAGAAUGUUGUUCUAUAUGCAAAAGACUGGAGCACCUUGAGACUAAUGCCAGAUACAGAAAUGGUGCUGCACCCUUCACUUUUUGCCAUGCUGUGCUGUCAGACUAAAACUGGUUGCAGGGCCAAAUCUCACAGGUAUCAGAGAAUUGCACAGCUUGUUGACAUCUCUGUGAAGUGCAUGCAGGAGUUUGAGCUUUGCUCCAAUAUUGAUAUUCCCCGAGGUGUGUGAGUAUGCAGUGUCCCUUCUCUUAAGCUUUUGUGGAGUGGAUUCUGUUGUGUUUUGCCCUUUUUCCCCCCCCAAAUUGCUGGCAGGUUCCUGUCUGUGAUGGGGUGUGUGCUGCUGUGCUGUCGCGGUGUUUCACACUAAAAUGACCCUGACUGUUGUUAACGGGAACCUUAAACUCCUGCUGAUUUAAGUAAUUCUAAUUAGUGUUUGCAGCCUUUUUCUCCUUCGUGUUUUCCUUUCUUUGACUGUGAAUUGGGGGUGGAAUUAAAAGCAGGUGAAGAGGCACAUGUAGGAUGGAGUCCUGUGAGCUGCGGGAGCGCUGACCUCUCACCGAGAGCUGAGGCAGAGGAGGGUCUCGCCAGGAGAGGUCCUUGGAGUGCUGAACAGAGAGAUUUCUCUAAUACUGAAGUACUGAACAUUGGUAUCAACACCAGUUUGGAAGGUUGUCCUGUUCCCUUUUGUUUUCUAAGGUUUGUUAACUGAAAACAUAGAAAUGGACAUUAUUUUUUUUUUUUCCUUUAAAGAAUGAGCUUUAGUGCCUAUUAUUUCUGCAGAUUUGCUCUGUAAGUUUUAAGGUACAGAAGUAAAAAAAUUUUUACAAAUGGAAGUAACAUUUGCUUAGUAUGUUUCAAGAAAACAUUUUUUUUGUGUGUAUAUAAUGUGUUUGAUGUAAUUUUUAAUAACUGGGCAAUUUUAUAUUUUGAAAAUUGCAAACUGCAGCAAAGUAACUGUAGCCAAGCACUACACUGAAAUUCUAAACUAAAAUUGUGAAGAUAAAUA